CUGCAGAGAGGGACUGGGGAGUUAAACCAAACCACGAUUGAGAUUGAUUUACCAACGAGGGAAUGGCCCAAUGUUCAGUGGGAGAGGAAAACGUGAGGCAGGAGCUGCAGGAAGCCAAGGGGAGACCUUCGGGCCAUGUCAGGAGAGGAGGCUAUGAGCUGAUCAGGAAUCCACACCUCAACAAGGGCAUGGCCUUUACUUUGGAAGAGAGGCUUCAGCUGGAAAUCCAUGGCCUGCUACCGCCUUGUUUUCUCAGUCAAGAGGUUCAGAUUCUACGGGUUCUGAAGAACUACGACAUGAAGAAAGAUGAUUUUGAUCGUUAUAUAUUCCUAAUGUGCCUUCAAGAUCGAAAUGAGAAGCUUUUCUACAAAGUGCUGACCUUAGAUAUAGAGAAGUUUAUGCCCAUUGUUUACACACCCACUGUGGGCCUGGCUUGCCAACAGUAUGGACUUGCAUUUCGCAGACCACGAGGUCUGUUUAUUACAAUCCAUGACCGAGGACACAUUGCUACACUGUUGAAGUGCUGGCCUGAAACAGAUAUUCGGGCCAUUGUGGUAACUGAUGGAGAGCGCAUUCUGGGCCUUGGUGAUCUUGGCAGUUAUGGCAUGGGUAUUCCAGUGGGUAAGCUAGCCCUUUACACAGCGUGCGGUGGAGUCAACCCCCAGCAGUGUCUGCCGGUGAUGCUUGAUGUUGGCACUGAUAAUGAGGAGUUGCUGAAAGAUCCCUUGUACAUCGGACUAAGACAUAAGAGGGUCCGGGGUCAAGCUUAUGAAGAUCUUGUGGAAGAAUUCAUGCAGGCAGUGACUGAUAGGUAUGGCCAGAAUUGCCUCAUUCAGUUUGAAGACUUUGCUAACACCAAUGCAUUCAAGUUUCUGAACAAGUACCGCAACAAGUACUGCACCUUCAAUGAUGAUAUCCAGGGAACUGCUGCAGUGGCAGUCGCUGGUCUCAUGGCAUCCCUGCGUAUCACUAAAACCAAGUUGUCUGAUCAUAAAUUUCUCUUUCAAGGAGCUGGAGAGGCUGCCCUUGGAAUAGCUGAUCUUAUUGUCAUGGCGAUGGAGAAGGAAGGAACAUCUAAAGAAGAAGGUAUUUCCAAGAUCUGGAUGGUUGACUCUAAAGGUCUCAUUGUUAAGGGACGAAACAACUUGUCUCACGAGAAGCUGCAGUUUGCUCACGCUCAUCAAGAACUGAAGAAAUUGGAAGAUAUAGUUCGGGAUCUUAAGCCUACUGCAAUUAUCGGAGCCGCUGCUGUUCCUGGCGUGUUUACUGAACAGAUCAUAAAAGAUAUGGCUGCCUUCAAUAAGCAUCCUGUCAUAUUUGCUUUGAGCAACCCAACUAGCAAAGCAGAAUGCACUGCUGAGCAGUGUUACCGUCUGACUGAGGGUCAAGGUAUAUUUGCAAGUGGAAGUCCAUUUGCCCCAGUUACUCUUCCAGAUGGACGUGUAAUGUAUCCUGGUCAGGGUAACAAUGCCUAUAUAUUUCCAGGAGUCGCUCUCGGUGUCAUUGCCUGUCGUAUGAAACACAUUGGAAAUGACAUUUUCCUUAUUGCAGCAAAGGCUUUGGCUGAGCAGGUGUGUGAGGAACAUUUAGCUGAAGGUCGCUUAUACCCACCACUCAAUACUAUUCGGGACGUUUCUCUAAAACUGGCCGUGCAGACUGUGGAAUACGCAUACAAAAAUGGAAUGACGUCAGUGUACCCAGAGCCUGAAGAUAAAGAAACUUUUGUCCGCUCCAUGAUGUACAGCACAGAUUAUGAUGACUUUGUAACCGAUUCUUACACUUGGCCAGAAAAUGCUUCAAUGAUUCAAACGGUUGAAAAAUAAGUGCAGCUUCCCUGGAGCUUAAGCAUUGAAACCAGCAGCAAUUACAUGUGUGAUAUCAAUCAGUUUAUUACUUUCAACUUUAUGCAUGUUAAAUCGUUUAAUCUAGCUUUCUUGUACUGUGCUGCUUUUAGUCUCUGGCAUUGGUGCUGUAGGUUAAACAAUAUUUUUUUGGUACGAAAACAUUUGUAAUCCCCAUUUUCUUCCCAUAUAUUUUCCUGAGUUCCAGGUACCAAAUCCUGACAAAGAGCACAAAUUAGCACCUGUGAGCGCCUCUGCGGCCUUUGUCAGUGCUUCCCUGUGACUACCAGUGGUGGGUACUUAGAAUUAUCUCAUGGUGAAUCAAUCAAUGAUUUUUUUCCUUUUCCUCAGUCAAUAUUGAAUUGAACUUUUAGCAGUCUAGAGGGAAACUCCCAGGUGUUUACGUCAAUUAUGUCAAACUCUGGCCUCCCUCGUAUGCAUGCCAUCAGUCCAACAGAAUUUCAGUUAUUCUCUGACCAUUGGUCUGUGGCCAUUUCUAAACUGGUUUUAGAUGAUCUAUACAUUAAGAGGAUUUUUUUAGGGGGUUGGGGGUUUUGAACAAUAUGUUCAACAAGGUAAGUAAGCGCAUUUAGAAAAACUCUCAAGUUGACUGACUAUUAAUUUACUUCAUCAGGUACAUUAUGAACACAGUGUGGGUUUAUUAGAAAACAACUAGAAUUUAAACAGAUGACAUGGGAUCUUUGAGUCUGAUAUUGCAACAAAAGAUGUAGAAAAUUAUUUGUGCUGACAAAACAGUAGGAGUUUAUGCUGGUGGUUCUGGGGCAUUAUUUUCAUCCGUAGUUUGGACCAUACCAAUCUCGCUCUUUGCCCCCCACCACCAAUAUGCACCCCACCACCAAAAAAAAANUUAUUAAAAUGCCAGAAGCCUUUUGAAAAUACUAUGAUAAAAGAAAACCUAUGAUUGGAAAAUGCUUGUAGAUCUAGAAUGAUGGAAGAAUAAAAUGAUUAAAAUGAUUGAGA